UUUAACUUGUCAUUUAUCCACCGACAGUAUUUGGGAGUUUUGCGUUGUUUUUAAAAGUUAAGAGACAUCCCGAGCAUAACUCUUUUAAACAAUAUCUGCAAAUGUAACACAUCUUGGGCUGACAUUCAGUCUUUAAAAUCUGUUAUAUCAAGAAUGUCCUUCAAAUGAAUUUCCCUUCAAUCUGCAACGUGUGGCGCUGUUUACUCGAUAAAAUACUAUCCCACGGUCGCCAUGACAGUGAAUCCUUGUAUAAACGACAGAGCCUCAGUCGGACAGCUCCACGGUGCUGAAAUCACGUUCAAGACAGUGUCUAAGCUCCUUUCAGCGAAAGUAUUCAAUCAUUUAAACUUUAAACACAGGAUGGGACAGGUUGGCCUCUCAUUUUAACAACGUUCGAGGUCAGCGGAUAUGUUCUCCAUCGACUGAAAAGCUGCACGCGGUGAACAGAAGAACAAUAAUGCGGAUCGACGUAACAAUGCAGCCACGGAAAAGGUACGCGGCUCUCGCUAUUCUCUUUUCUGUCGUUCUUAAUGUGACUGCCUCAGUGACUCAUUAUUCAAUACCAGAGGAAAUGAAAGAAGGAUCAGUUGUGGCGAAUCUUGCUACCGAUCUCAGCCUGGAUGUGAAAACACUGAAUCAGAGGAAGAUGCGUCUGGACAUCAUUGCAAAUAAGAAAUAUCUGGACGUGAACAAAGAGACUGGUGAGCUGUAUAUUGUUGAGAAGAUUGACCGAGAACACAUUUGUACUGCAAAAUUUUCUUGUUAUCUUAUGCUUGAGGUAACAUUAGAAAACCCUGUACGAAUGUUUAACAUAGAAGUAGAAAUUCUGGAUAUGAACGACAACGCCCCACAAUUUCGAAGAGACGUCAUUCAUUUAGAUAUAUCUGAAGCGACGCCGAUAGGAGAGAGAUUUUCUUUCAGCAAUGCAGUCGAUCCUGAUGUUGGGACAAAUUCAGUGAAAAACUACCAUCUGAGUGAAAGUGAGCAUUUUAAUAUUGAGGUUCAGACGGGAAGAGAAGGAUCGAAGUUUGCCGAAUUAAUCUUAAUAAAGUCUUUAGACCGAGAGCAGCAGGCUGUUCAUAAUUUAAUACUCACAGCUGUAGAUGGAGGCACACCUGCUCGUUCUGGCACUGCAAGUGUUAUUGUUCGUGUUUUAGACACCAAUGAUAACGCACCCAAAUUUGAAAAAGUGAGCUAUAAUAUUAAAGUGAUGGAGAACUCGCCCAUUGGAAACCUUGUUAUUCACCUGAAUGCAACAGACUCAGAUGAGGGAUCAAAUUCUGACAUUACAUACUCAUACAGUUUAUAUACGUCAGAGAAAACACAAGAAACAUUUAAUCUGAAUCCUUCUUCUGGUGAAAUCACUGUUAAAGGAAUGUUAAAUUAUGAGGAUUUUAAGAUUUAUGAUAUGGAAGUGAUCGCCACUGAUAAAGGAGCCAACAGUUUAUCAGGUCAGUGCACAAUAAAAAUACUGGUUGAAGACAUGAACGACAACCACCCAGAAAUAUCUAUCAAAUCAUUUCAGAGUCCAGUCAAUGAAAACAUAGAAUUAGACACAGUGAUAGCUGUGGUCAGUGUCAGUGACAAAGACUCAGGUGACAAUGGAGUGGUUGAUCUCCAUAUUCCAGUUAAUAUGCCUUUCAGACUGAGGGAAUCCUCUGAUAACUAUUAUGAAUUAGUGGUGUCAGAGCCGUUAGACCGUGAGAAGGUUCCAGAAUAUGACAUCACUUUCACUGUUACAGACAGAGGUUCUCCUCCUUUAUCUGACAAUGAAACUAUGACCUUAGAACUGCUGGAUAUCAAUGACAAUGUUCCACAGUUCCCUCAGUCAUUUAAUACCAUACGUGUGAUGGAGAAUAAUGCACCCGGGGCCCUGCUCAGUUCUCUCACUGCGUUUGACCCUGACCUGCAUGAAAACCAGUAUCUGGUUUAUUUCAUCCUGGAGAAGGAGAUAGCCAACACCUCCAUGUCCAUGCUGUUCUCCAUCAAUCCAGAGAACGGCAAUCUUUACGCACUGAAAACUUUUGACUAUGAGAUCGAGAAAGAGUUUCUCUUCCACAUCGAGGCCAGAGACUCUGGCUCUCCUCCGCUCAGCAGUAACGUGACCGUCCACAUUAUCAUUGUGGACCAGAACGACAACGCUCCAGUUAUUGUGUCUCCGUGGCGAGCGCACGGCUCGGUGGUGGAGGAAAAGAUCCCCAGAUCCACCGAUAAAGGCUCUCUGGUUGCCAAGGUGAUAGCCUUGGACACCGACUCGGUGCACAACUCUCGGAUUACCUACCAGUUUCUACAGGUGACUGACGCCACCCUGUUCAGUCUGGACCAGUACAACGGAGAGAUCCGGACUAUGAGGAUGUUCAGUUACAGAGAUCCGCGCCACCAGAGACUGGUUGUUGUGGCAAAGGACAACGGGGAGCCCGCCCUGUCAGCUACAGUCACCAUCAAGCUGUCCACGGUGGAGACUGCUGUCAAGGCCUACUCUGACAUGACUGAGGUGCCUCUGGAAUACGACAUCUUUUCAGACCUGAACCUGUAUUUGGUCAUCGGUCUGGGCUCUGUGUCAUUUCUCCUGCUCAUCACCAUAUUGGUGACCUGCGUGCUCAAAUGUCAGAAGCCCAAGCCCAGCAAAGCGGCUGCUCCCUGCAGGAACAGUGUGAUCAGUGAGAGGAACUCCACCAUCGCAGAUUCCACUCUGGUGUCCAACGAUGCCUACUGGUACAGUCUGUUCCUAGCAGAGACCAGGAAAGGAAAGCUGGUGGUCAGACAGCCUGUGCCAAAGGGCUCCAGGUACAUCGUGUCCAGUAUACCAAGAGGCACAGGACUGACGGACACGAGUGACUCAGCAGCUUCCACUCUGCAGGUAUGACCCUCGUUAAAAUUUCUCCUGUACGUGACUGUGUCAUUUAACUUGUCAUUUCUCCACCGACAGUAUUUGGGAAUUUUGCGUUGUUUUUAAAAGUUAAGAGAAAUCCCCGAGCAUA